GUUUUUAAUUGAAACCUGAGCUUUAUCAUCCUCAACUGUUUCCCCCUCUCUUUACAGCAGAAAACCUUCAGUUUUCCUUCCUGAUAAUCAGAAGAAGCUUAUAUAAUUGGGAAAUCAUUUCAUGAGUUUUGUACUUUUGUUCACUCUAUCUAGAACUGUUGUAUAUGUCAAGCUGUGAUGAGCAAUAACAAUGGCUUCCUAGUAAUUGCCUCCAAAAUGCUUGGAACAGACAUUACUCGUCAAGGCCUCGAAAACUUCCUUAGCUCUCUCGAUUAAUCCUUCAUUACAGGAAUCCAUUUUUCUCUGUCUCCAAUUUUUAGAAGAAAAGGAGAAAAAUUAUUAAUACGGUUAUGUAGUUGGUAAACGGUGUAUUCGCAGGCGGUUUGCUUAGAAAACCCGGAAAUGGAGAAACAGGGGACUGGCAGUGGAAACCAGAAAAAUCGGAAACCAAUCGAAGUCUUCAAACUUCCUGCGAGUUACGACGGCGAGCAGCAGAGAACCAAGAGCGAGAACGCCGCCGAAACACUAGAAAUCGCGGCGGCGAACUAUUCCGCUUCGGCGAACACCGGCAGUGAGCCGAUCAACAAGUGGAUGGCGUUCGAGGGAGAAAAAUCCUCCGGGAAGUCUGGGACCGACAAUGCCGGUGGCGAUCCCCGGGGGAUAAUCACUGAGAAGGCGAUCAUCGAGGAGAGGACGGCGGAGUGGGGGCUGGUGGUGAAGUCGGACGUCGGAGAGAGGAGCUUCAAGGCCAUCGGAGGAAUGACCGGGGGCGGGAAGUCCUCCGGUCACGGCGGAAGAAAGAACUCGUCGGAGAAGUUCUCCGGCGUGGAGUCAACGAGGACGUCGGAGGAAUCGGCGUCAGGGUACGAAGGGGCGUUCCCGAGGGUUUCGCAGGAGCUGAAGGACGCUUUGGCGACGCUGCAACAGACAUUCGUGGUGUCGGACGCGACGAAGCCAGACUGCCCCAUAAUGUAUGCCAGCAACGGGUUCUUCGGGAUGACUGGUUAUUCUUCUAAGGAAGUCAUCGGCCGGAAUUGUCGAUUUCUUCAGGGACCUGAAACGGACCCGAAGGAAGUGGCUAAAAUACGAGACGCCGUGAAAAAUGGGCAAAGCUACUGCGGCAGACUCUUGAACUACAAGAAGGACGGCACUCCUUUCUGGAAUCUUCUCACCGUCACUCCGAUCAAAGAUGAUGGCGGAAACGCCAUCAAGUUUAUUGGAAUGCAGGUUGAGGUCAGCAAGUAUACAGAAGGUGUGAAUGACAAGGCGUUACGGCCUAAUGGAUUGCCCAAGUCACUAAUUCGAUAUGAUGCUCGUCAGAAGGAGAAGGCUUUAGAUUCCAUCACUGAGGUUGUCCAAACUGUGAAACAUCCACGAUCUCACGCACGGAGUCAGAGCCAUGACAUUCUUGGUAAACAUGAAGAACAAGAUAAGUUCAACCUUAAUUAUGUUCUUCCCGAGUCUGUUGAAACAAUGAGUAUGAAUACACCUGGUAGACAAACUCCCCAAUUUGAUCUCAAAAGUGAUGCAUCUCGCAUGAGUACCCAAGACGCAGGCAAGAAAUUUAGAAACUCCGGACGUAUUUCUUUGAUGGGGUUUAAAGGAAGGUCUCUAAGCACAUCAGCGAAGCAGGAACAAAAACCAAUUCUUGAUUUAGAAACUUUGAUGACUAAGGACGUUGAACGUACUGACAGUUGGGAGCAUGAUGAAAGAGAAAGGGAUAUCCGUCAAGGAUUUGACUUGGCAACCACGUUGGAGCGCAUUGAAAAGAAUUUUGUCAUUACUGAUCCUAGACUUCCUGAUAACCCGAUUAUAUUUGCAUCUGACAGCUUUUUAGAAUUGACAGAGUAUACACGUGAAGAAAUUUUGGGAAGAAAUUGUAGAUUUCUUCAAGGACCUGAAACAGAUCAAGCAACUGUCCAGAAGAUAAGAGAUGCUAUUAGAGAACAGCGGGAGAUUACCGUUCAGUUGAUCAACUAUACUAAGAGUGGAAAGAAGUUCUGGAAUUUAUUCCACUUGCAACCCAUGCGUGAUCAAAAGGGUGAGCUUCAAUACUUUAUUGGUGUGCAACUGGAUGGAAGUGAUCAUGUGGAACCUCUAAGAAAUCGCCUUUCAGAGAAAACAGAGCAGCAAAGUGCUAAGCUGGUCAAAGCAACUGCAGAAAAUGUUGAUGAAGCUGUCCGAGAACUUCCUGAUGCCAACUUGAAACCAGAAGACUUGUGGGCUAUUCAUUCUAAGCCAGUAUUGCCUAAGCCCCACAAAAAAGAUUGUUCUUCUUGGAUAGCGAUUCAAAAGAUCACUGCACAAGGUGAAAAGAUUGGUCUGCAUCAUUUUAAGCCCGUAAAACCGUUGGGUUGUGGAGAUACCGGCAGUGUUCAUCUAGUGGAACUAGAAGGUACAGGUGAACUGUACGCUAUGAAGGCAAUGGAGAAGUCAAUAAUGCUGAAUCGUAACAAGGUUCACCGAGCAUGCGUUGAAAGAGAAAUCAUUUCACUUCUGGACCAUCCUUUUCUUCCCACUUUAUACACUUCAUUUCAGACUUCUACACACGUUUGUUUGAUAACAGACUUUUGUCCCGGUGGAGAGUUAUUUGCCUUACUUGAUAAGCAGCCUAUGAAAAUGCUUAAAGAGGAAUCUGCUAGGUUUUAUGCAGCAGAGGUGGUGAUUGGCUUGGAAUAUCUUCACUGUUUAGGAAUAAUUUACAGGGACCUGAAACCCGAGAAUAUUUUACUCCAAAAAGAUGGGCACAUUGUACUGGCAGAUUUUGAUUUGUCAUUUAUGACAUCCUGUAAACCCCAGGUUAUUAAACAAUCACAGCCUAGUAAUAGAAGGAGAUCUAGGAGUCAACCACCGCCCAUAUUUGUUGCAGAGCCAGUUACUCAAUCAAAUUCUUUCGUUGGAACUGAAGAGUACAUUGCUCCUGAAAUUAUUACAGGCGCAGGACACAGUAGUGCUAUUGACUGGUGGGCUCUUGGCAUCCUAUUGUACGAGAUGCUCUAUGGUCGUACGCCCUUCAGGGGGAAAAAUAGGCAGAAGACAUUUGCGAACAUCUUGCAUAAAGAUCUCACUUUUCCAAGCAGCAUUCAGGUAAGUCUUGCAGCGAGACAGUUGAUUAAUGCAUUGCUGAAAAGAGACCCUGCAAAUCGUCUAGGAUCGACAAUGGGUGCGAAUGAAAUCAAACAACAUCCUUUUUUCCGCGGACUUAGUUGGCCUUUGAUCCGCAGCAUGAGCCCACCUCCCUUGGACGCGCCUCUUCAAUUGAUCGGAAAAGUCACCGGUGCUAAGGAUGUAAGUUGGGACGAUGAUGGAGUCCUUGUUAAUGCAAUGGAUAUGGAGAUUUUCUAAAGAGGAUACUGAACUUUUUAUUGAGUAAAAGUAAAGAUUAGCCUUGUGUACAAAUGGCUUGUCUUAUUAUGUGUAUUAUGUAAAUGGAAUUAUUCUUCACUAAAAAAGAAAAUGUUGGUCGGGCCUUUCAUUUAGGAUUUCCCAUUAUGGGAAAAUAAACAGCUAAUAGGAUCGUGUCGUAUGCACAGGAUUACUGAGUUUAGUCUACUUUUGUUGGCCUAGGUCAUGUAAAGAAGAGAGAUUGCGUAAGAAUUAACCAGAUUGUAUUAUUUAACUUUAUCGUGAAUAAAUAUCCUAGUUGCUGAUAUUAGUAUACCUU